AGAUAUUUGCUGGACAUAGACAGCUGUCGAGGCAGACGAUCAAAAUGGCGUCAGUCCGUCUUUGUUUGGUGUUUUUGCUACUCAGCAUCGCUGGUGCCUUAUGUCGGAAGACCUCGAAGAAAAGUCUACUAGAUGUACACACGCGCGCGACGUGCCUGUCCACCCAGUUCGCCUGUAGGGACGGGCUCAAGUGUAUCCCACAAAAGUGGGUCUGCGAUACGACUGACGAUUGCAACGAUGGCUCCGACGAGAGAGUCAACUGUCCCACUGACUGCUCCCACGUCAAUCAGUACCGCUGUGUCUCCGGAGAUUGCGUAUCACGUGACUUUGUGUGUGACGGUGGCCGAGAUUGUAUGGACGGCUCAGAUGAGUUAAGAUGUGAGGAAUUUGUUUGCUCUGAAGACGAGAUCAAGUGUGACAACCACAUCUGUAUAGAGAGAACCUGGGUGUGUGACGGUGAAGAUGAUUGUGGUAACGGAUGGGAUGAGAAGAACUGCGUCGGUUAAACGGAAUUGAUCUAUGUCAAAAAUUUGAUAUAUUUGAUUUUUUCCCCCACACACGUCUCUUAAUAUCAGAUCAUUGAUCAUCCACUAAUUAGUCUGAAUCGAAAAAAGAAAUAUCUCCUUAUCAUCUAAAUAAAGAGG